AUGGCUUCUCAAGUUGUCCCCGUAUUGAACAAGCUCUUCGACGAUUAUCAGAAGACGACACCACAAAAGCUUAAGAUUAUUGAUGCCUAUAUGACUUACAUUCUUUUCACAGGAAUCUUCCAGUUCGCUUACUGCCUUCUCGUCGGAACUUUCCCCUUCAACUCGUUCCUAUCUGGUUUUAUUUCGACCGUCGCUUCGUUUGUUCUUGCAUCAUGCUUACGGAUGCAGGUUAACAAGGAAAACCGAUCAGAAUUCAAGGAGGUCUCAACCGAGAGAGCUUUCGCCGAUUUCAUCUUCGCCAGUCUAAUUCUUCAUCUGGUCGUCGUCAAUUUCUUGGGCUAA